GGGAAAGGAAAGAGGCCGGGGAAGGGCGGGAAUCGGUUCUGGAAAAGCAUUGGGUUAGGGUUUAAGACGCCCAGAGAGGCAAUCGAAGGAACAUAUAUUGGGUUCAAUCCAUUACCUUCUGCUCUAAAACACGAAGCCUGAGGGGAGGAGAUCACGGCCGAGGAUCUCAAUGAACAACUGGAAAGAAGCUGAGAAAACCGGGUCUGAUCCUUCACACCAACACUCAAAUCCAUGUCCAAUCUGCCUUGCGCCCUUGGUUGAGGAGUCCUAUCUCGAUGCAUGUUUCCAUAAAUUUUGUUACAGCUGUAUUGUACGUUGGAGUAGGGUGGUUACUGGCAAGAGCUCUGACCAAUCAGCCUCUGUAAAAUGUCCUCUAUGCAUGAGAGAGAACUUUUCAAUAAUCAGUGGAUUUGAUGGAGCCUGUUCUCAACGACAUUUUGUAGGUCAAGAUUUUGAGAACAGAUUCACCUUCUCAAAAUCACACAAGUAUAGAUUACAAUGCUAUUACAGUGAACCAGGCAUCUUAAAUGACAUAUUUGAUGUAUUGCGGUUCUGGAAAUCUCGAAAGUAUCUUCAAUCAAAUAUGCGGCUUCAGAAUUGGUUGAAAAGGGAACUUCAGGCCUUAAUGCAGGAGGAAGAUGUCGACAUUGUCUUGCAUCACAUAUAUGGUGUGAUUGAAUCAUUCUGGAGAAGAAUUGAGGAGACACGUGCAUUAAAGAAAAAUGCUGAAGCUAGGCAAGACGACUUCAGGAUUGCUCUUUCUGAUGCAGCAAAGCCAUUUCUACUUGCAAGAACCGAUCGGUUUGUGACUGAGCUUGAGUUAUUUCUUGCUUCAGGCUUGAACAUUGAAGCCUAUGAUGCGGUGUACAUGCAGCGCUUAGGUUGGAACACUUCGAGUUCGAGUUCAAGUUCUAUUAGCUCAGGAGGAACCACAGGCAGUAACCCUCUACAACAAGUAGUUCCAUACUUGUAUCUCUUUGAUGUGGACUCUGAUAAGGAUGAAUGAAAUUUUCCAUUUGCAA